AUGGCUUCCAUCUAUGACCGUCCUCGUCUCCCCGAAGUGAAGGCUGCCCCCGAAGCCGCCGUGAAUGCUCGUGGAUCUGCAUACUACCGGAAGAACGCUGUCUUCUUCUAUUUUGAAGCCGACAACACCGGGGCCAAAGAGGAUGUGACAACGCUUUGCAAUUGCUUUGAGGAUGUAUUCGCCAUACAGCCAACGGUAGUGGCACAGUGGCACUCGAGGCAGCAGAUAAAUAUGGAUCCGAGCAGGAACCCGCUACCGUCCCUGCUGGUCUUUGCAUACGUCGGGCAUGGCACAAUUGACACCACCACGGGCAAGCUGAAGCUUGUUGCUGGCGGAACCCGGCAGAACAUCCAGUGGCCCCUCAUCCACAAUUUCUUCGUCGUCCCCAACUACGUCACCGCCAAUGUCGAUUGCCUCAGCAUUUUAGAUUGCUGCUACCCAGGAGCGACCCGCCAAACAACUGAAAGGGCAUACCAGGUUCUUUCUACAUGCGGCGCCGAUAAGAUAAAUCGGUCGCGAUCUGGCGGCGGGGCGUCGUUUUCACGACGUUUCUACCGUGCCGCCUGUGAUCUGAAGGCGAACGAGAAACCCUUUGCCACGCUUGAAGAUCUCGUCGCGGAGAUCAACCGUGAGAAGCCCAGUGGGAGCCCAGAUGCCUGGCUCACCUACCAUGGAGGAACCCAGCUAAUUGCAAUCCCAUUCAAGGGCACUUCUUCUGCAUCUGUGCAACAAGCACUGCAGAAUCUGAGCCUGCCGAGCCCGGCGGCCACCACGGAAAGCACUCUGGUCGAACUCUCGAUUGCUGGGUCUCCUGCGCAGAUUCUACAGGAGUUCCAAGACGUUAGGGCGUCGUUGCCUGCCCAAUUCCGUGUUGAGAUCGUUGACGCAUAUGAAUCCACAACAGUCAUUUUCCUACUGCGCAUGUCCCAACCGACACAUUUGCGGUUGUCGUCUACGCUUGACUUUCGAUGGAUUAGAAAGAUUCACGGGCCAUCAUUGAUUAGGCCAGCAAAGUACUUUUGA